CUGCUAUUGGGGAAGGGGUUUCCUUUUGGGGUGAUGAAAAUGUCUUGCAACUAGACAGAUGUGAUGAAUGUGGACCAUGGGUGUACUAAAUGCCAGGGAACUAUAGACUUUCAAAGAGUUAAUGGUUAGGUUUUUUCUGUGGGACGCGGUGGUGGCGGUUGGAUGGGAGGAGUGAGUGAAUUUCGACUCGUUUUUUCUGCUUGUUUUAUCCUCCUUUUUUUUUUUUUUUCGGUAGAGGGCAGUUAUGGGACGCAAGAAGAAGAAGCAGCUGAAGCCGUGGUGCUGGUAUUGUAAUAGAGAUUUUGAUGAUGAGAAGAUCCUUAUACAGCACCAAAAAGCAAAGCAUUUUAAAUGCCAUAUAUGUCAUAAGAAAUUGUAUACAGGACCUGGCUUAGCUAUUCAUUGCAUGCAGGUGCAUAAAGAGACAAUAGAUGCUGUGCCAAAUGCAAUACCUGGGAGAACAGACAUAGAACUGGAAAUAUAUGGUAUGGAAGGUAUUCCAGAAAAAGACAUGGAUGAACGAAGAAGACUUCUUGAGCAAAAAACACAAGCAGAGAGUCAAAAAAAGAAACAGCAAGAUGAUUCUGAUGAAUAUGAUGAUGAUGACUCUGCAGCUUCAACUUCAUUUCAACCACAGCCAGUUCAACCUCAGCAAGGUUAUAUCCCCCCAAUGGCACAACCAGGACUACCACCAGUUCCGGGAGCACCAGGAAUGCCUCCAGGCAUACCUCCAUUAAUGCCAGGUGUUCCUCCUCUGAUGCCAGGAAUGCCACCAGUUAUGCCAGGCAUGCCACCUGGAUUGCAUCAUCAGAGAAAAUACGCCCAGUCAUUUUGCGGUGAAAAUAUAAUGAUGCCAAUGGGUGGAAUGAUGCCACCUGGACCAGGAAUACCACCACUGAUGCCUGGUAUGCCACCAGGUAUGCCACCUCCUGUUCCACGUCCUGGAAUUCCUCCAAUGACUCAAGCUCAGGCUGUUUCAGCACCAGGUAUUCUUAACAGACCACCUGCACCAACAGCAACAGUUCCUGCUCCGCAGCCUCCAGUUACUAAGCCUCUUUUCCCCAGUGCAGGACAGAUGGGGACACCUGUAACAAGCUCAAGUACAGCUUCAUCCAAUUCAGAAAGUCUGUCUGCAUCUUCUAAAGCUCUGUUUCCUAGCACAGCACAAGCUCAGGCAGCUGUCCAAGGACCUGUUGGUACAGAUUUCAAGCCCUUAAAUAGUACCCCUGCAACAACUACAGAACCCCCAAAGCCUACAUUCCCUGCAUAUACACAGCCUACAGCUUCAACCACUAGUACAACAUAUAGCCCUGCAGCUAAACCAGCAGCUUCAAUAACAAGUAAGCCUGUUACACUUACGACAACCAGUGCAACCAGUAAGUUGAUCCAUCCAGAUGAGGAUAUAUCGCUGGAAGAGAGAAGGGCACAGUUACCUAAACAUCAACGUAAUCUUCCUCGACCAGGACAGGCUCCCAUUGGUAAUCCACCCGUUGGACCAAUUGGAGGUAUGAUGCCACCACAGCCAGGCAUCCCACAGCAGCAAGGAAUGAGACCCCCAAUGCUGCCUCAUGGUCAGUAUGGUGGUCAUCAUCAAGGCAUGCCAGGUUACCUUCCUGGUGCAAUGCCUCCGUAUGGGCAGGGACCGCCAAUGGUGCCCCCUUACCAAGGUGGGCCUCCUCGACCUCCGAUGGGAAUGAGACCUCCCGUAAUGUCGCAAGGUGGCCAUUACUGAUCUUACUUCAUCCAGCCUAACAGGUUUGGAGAUUAAACCUUUUCUCAACUUGUGCUGUUUAUAUAGCCAAGCUUCCGUCAAUAAGGCUUCAUUGUGACUUUAACACAUAUUAUCUUCCCACAUACCAGGAACUAUUGGACAUUUAUUUUACAUGGGAAAAAUUAUUUGGAAUAAUAAAGCAGGAACUU